CGAAAGCCUGACUCUUGCAGAAGCACCUCUUGGCAUCUCCCUUCGCCUGUUCAACCCGAGAUCCUAGACUAAGCCGUCAGCUGAACCCCCACACUCGCACUGGCGUUGUUGACCGGACAUGGUUCCAUCCCCCGUUUGCAUUAUUUAAGUACUUGAACUAUCCUCAAUAGCUGGGUAGACUAUCACCGUUGACGUAUUCGUUCCGUUCAUCGCUCUACUUUCCGAAUUGUUCUUUGUCAAACGUCUCCGCUCUGAUCUGCAACCCAUUUAACAUAUAAGUCAACAAAAGUUUCGUCUCGACAGCCCUUUUGGUUACCAUGUCACCGCUCCUUGACGCACCUUCGACUCCGGACAGCUACUCUUACUCAAACGGGUCCUACCAGCCUGUUCAAUCUGCUUACGCCAUGACCAACAACUCCGGAGACCGGGCCCUCGUGCCUGGAAUAUACGUGCCCACAGUAGCAUUCUUCGACCCUGCUACAGAUGAUGUAGAUGUCGAGACUGUUGCCAACCAUGCCGUUCGUCUCGCGAAAGCUGGCGUUGCCGGCAUCACAACCCAAGGAUCCAACGGCGAGGCUGUCCAUCUAUCCCACAAGGAGCGCAAUCUCAUCACCAGCACAACUCGCCAAUCUCUCGACGCAGCUGGGUUCUCAAAUAUGCCCGUGAUCGUUGGCUGUGGUGUUCAAUCGACCCGGGAAUGCAUCGAGCUCUGCGAAGAAGCAGCCUCCGCUGGCGGAGACUACGCAUUGGUGCUCCCCCCCGCCUACUACCAGGGCCUCUUCUCUAAGGACACGGUCAAAGAGUUCUUCCGCGAUGUUGCAGAUGCCUCACCGAUCCCAAUCCUGAUCUACAACUACCCCGGCGCUGUCUCUGGUCUCGAUCUCAACUCCGAUGUCAUCAUUGAGCUGGCUCAGCACCCCAACAUCGCUGGCUGCAAGCUGACCUGCGGCAACACUGGCAAGCUCAACCGCAUUGCCGCUGCCACAGAUGCCGUGACUGUAUCGAGCUCUGGAUCUGGGUUCAUGUGUAUGGGCGGCUCUGUCGACUUCACUCUGCAGACUCUCGUGGGCGGUGGCUCUGGCAUCAUCGGCGGCAUGGCGAACAUUGCACCCAAGACCUGCGUCAAGCUGGUUGAACUGUUCAAGUCCGGCAAGUUGUCCGAGGCUCAGAAGCUGCAGGCUAUUGUUGCGCGUGGAGAUUGGGCUGCGAUCCAGGGCGGUAUCAUCGGCACCAAGGCUGGCCUUGUUGCACACUUUGGAUACGGAGGGUAUGCUCGUAAGCCACUUCCCAGGCCAUCAAAAGAGGAGACAAACAAGUGGAGGGAGGCCUUUGAUGAACUCGUCAAGACCGAGAACUCGUUGUAAAAGCUGUGCAGCGGUUGUUUAUACCAGUGUUGGCUCGGCGUAGCCAUGUUUGAGCGUCAUGCAUGUGUGUCAGAUUGCUUUUGCAUAGCAGCGGCGGGCGGUCUUUUGUAGCACUUUAGCGUCUUUCAAUCGUACUUUUGUCAACUAUGGAAACUCUAUAUGCCCCG